AUGAACUACGCUACUGAGCAGUUUGUACUGUUCACCAUUUAUCUAUUAGUGCUGAUUGGAUACCAUAUGCAUGGAAUUCAUCGGAUACUGUACCACGAGGAACACAUCGGGAACACCAAUCGAAUUUCGAAUAUUUUCCUGAGGGUUACGAUUUGCCUCGUAAUCCUCGUCAACGCUCCGACACUCAAUUUCUACUUCUACAAGGACAACUACGACUACGAGUACGUCUGGCAGAUGCAGGAUUGGAUGCGGCACAAUUACACUUUUUGCGUAGUGAUCACCUUUAUCAACUCGGCCACCCUCACGAUUCAUUUCCUAGCGGCCGUGGUCUGGUCCGUGCUCCACACCUAUCUUGUCAUCUUCAAAAAGGAGUGGAACGUGAUUCUCGACCUACUCAUCAUUUUUGUGCCGCUCGCUCCGGCGAUAGGGCCAAUUUUUUACCUAUUCACGAUCAAGCGCCCUAAUCUUCCGGGAAGCAGUCCAGACGUCUAUGACGUGCCUACGCAAGCCGGCAGUUAUUUCAACUACUUUUGCAUCCCGAUAUUCCAAAUCUCCAUGUUGGUCAUUGUGCUUCUCCAAGUCUGCCAAAUCAUCGUCUACAUGCUGCGUCAUCGGAUGCUCGAAUCCAUCUGGCCGCUGGUUCGAAUCUCGGCCUGCAUAUUGCUGUUCUUCAUGUGCUACUUCAUACUGGAUAUUAGUCUCUCCGCCGAUAUGCAAUCGCUAUACAAGUACGGUACAUUCGUCUGCUGCUACGCGGUGUUUCUGAUACCGGUGCUGCUUGAUUUCGGAAAACCCAGAAACGACGAUCACGAC